UGUAUUUCUUCCUCAAUGCAAAUGCUGCAGAUCUGACAAUAAAGCAAAAGCGCAUCACCUCCCCAGAUGAUGGAAAAUGUCUAUUUUAAUACCAGACCUAUUAAACCUGCCCCCAAUGCCUCCAGAAAAAUCUUAGAAGGUUCAAACAACUCUAAAAAGUCAACUUGUCUGUGGGUUAUCAUCAUCAUCAUCAUCAUUUUGGUGCUAAUAAUUGCUGUUCUGGUGGCUGGAUUCGUCUACCUUUAUCUCAGACAUAGCAGUUUGGCAGCAGAUUUAUCCACCAAGCUUUCCUCAAUGACUGAAGAGAGAGACUGGCUGAAUGCCGCCCUCGCUAACAAGACUGAAGAGCUGAAGAGGCUCAAACAGAAUGAAACAUGUCCUCUAGGAUGGAAGAAGUUCAAGUACUCUUGUUAUAUUUUGUCUGGAUGUGGUUCCUGGGAUGAUGCUAAAGAGGAGUGCAGAAAUUUAGGCGGUGAUCUGGUGGUGAUAGACAGCGCUGAUGAACAGACAUUUCUGGUUGCGUAUACUAAGAAAUCCUUUUGGAUCGGUUUGAAUGAUAAAGAAAAUGAGGGUUCAUGGAAGUGGAUUGAUGGAACGUCUCCAGCUCUGACUUUCUGGGUGGAAAAACAGCCUGAUAAUGGUGGGAAAGACUAUGGAGCCAAAGAGGAGGAUUGUGCUCACAUUAGAACUGGUGAAGGAUGGAAUGACCUUCCAUGUUCUUAUUGUCUGAACUGGAUCUGUGAAAAAGCAAAUCAUUUUACAGUCUAAGUAUCAACAGCUGCUUUACAUAAAGGUCAUAAUUCCAUUUUGAAUUAUACUGUGCAUGUAACUAAAAAGAGACAACUUUAAAUGCCUUUUCAAAUAUUUUAACCAUUGUUUUAGCAGCCUCUGUAAUCUUUGAUCAAUAAAACAAUUUUCGCAUAAGACCACUGAAAAAAUAAAAUCCACAGGUAAAGCCUUACUGAUUAUUCAGUGUUGCAUUAGUAAAAUUACACUUUUAGGUAUCAGUAGGUUAUAAGGAGCUAUUUGUUAAAAAUACCUCAAAUUACAAACCAUCACUGUUUCUGCUGCAGUUAAAAAUAAAUUCUCCUUUAUUUUUAAAUACUAAUUGUUUUUACUACUGUUUAUUAACUGAGGCACAUAAAAAAAAAAAGAAUAUGUAAUGUCAGUCUUACUUUUAUUAUGUUGUUAGUCAAAAUGUAUUAUCUGAAACUGAAACCCUGCAGGGGUAAUUAUACAAACCCUUUUCUAGCUGAGGAAUAAUAAAUGAUGCCAUCUGCUGGACUCUGUCACUUAAAGUAUUGCUGAAUGCCUCAC